AAUAUGCUUAGACCUUCUUGUAACUUGAAUUUAUUUGUUAUGAAUUCUUCCACUGGCUGAUGUCUCCCAAAGAUUGGGCAAUUAUAUUUGUUUCCAUCGUCUUUUUACUGCAAAAGGAUGCGGCGUCACCUGCAGUGGAACAUUAAACAGUUAACGGCCAGCUAUGCUGAGGGACAGCUUUCGCCGCGCCGGUUGACAGAACUGGCUCUGGAGGAUGCUAAGAAUCUAAAAACCCUGAAUGCUUUUGUGCGUCUGACACCAGAGAAGGCGCUCCAGGCGGCUGAGGACUCUCUGAAGCGGUAUCAAAACAAGAAACCCAAAGGCACCCUAGACGGAGUAACGAUUGCUAUUAAGGAUAACUUUUGCACCGAGGGCAUCCCAACUACCUGCGCUUCUAAAAUGCUGCAGGAUUUUGUGCCUCCGUAUGAUGCAACAGUGUGUUCUCGUCUGAAAAAAGCCGGAGCAGUGCUCCUGGGAAAAACCAACAUGGAUCAGUUUGCCAUGGGCGCCGGCACUGUGGAUUCCUUGUACGGUCCCACAAAAAAUAUCUGGAGCGAGGAGCUGGACGGAGACCGUUGGCGCAUCGCGGGCGGCAGCUCAGGGGGAUCUGCCUCAGCUGUGGCCGCUGGCAUCUGUUAUGCGGCGAUCGGAUCGGACACUGGUGGCUCCACCCGUAAUCCAGCUUCUUACUGUGGCGUGGUAGGCUUGAAGCCCACCUAUGGUCUCCUCUCCCGCCAUGGUCUUAUACCGUUAGUAAACUCUAUGGAUGUGCCCGGUAUUUUCGCCCGAUCUAUUAGUGACUGUGUCGAUGUCCUCAAUACUGUGGCUGGUCCAGAUACAUUCGAUUCGACGACUAUAAGAAAACCCUAUAAAAAUCUUACGCUUCCAGAGAUUGAUCAAAUUAACCUAUCCACAGUGCGAAUAGGGAUUCCAAAAGAAUAUCACUGCGAAGGCCUCUCCCCCGAAGUCCUGGAAACAUGGUCCAAGGUUGCGGAUCUAUUGGAGUGCGCCGGAGCCUCGGUGCGGCAGGUUUCUUUGCCCAACACAGCAGCCAGUAUAUUCGUUUAUUCUAUUCUGAAUCAGUGCGAGGUGGCUAGCAACAUGGCUCGUUACGAUGGGAUCGAGUACGGUCACCGGGCUUCCGACGAGCGCAGCACUGAGCAGCUCUAUGCCCAAUCCCGAGCUGAAGGGUUCAACGAAGUGGUCAAGACGCGCAUCCUGACAGGCAAUUUCUUUUUGCUGCGAAAGAACUAUGACCACUAUUUCGAGAAGGCCUUGCGGGUGCGGCGCCUGAUUGCCGAGGACUUUUUAAAGGUUUUUGUGGCUUCUCAAGAGGACGACCGAGUGGAUAUCCUACUCACACCGACAACUCUUACAGACGCCCCUUUAUACAAGGACUUUGCUGGCCUCACCAAUAGGGACCAGUGCGCGGUUCAAGAUUUUUGUACCCAACCUGCCAACAUGGCUGGUAUUCCUGCGGUCUCCAUACCCAUUCGCUUAUCCCAGUCGGGUCUUCCUCUAAGUCUGCAGCUGAUGAGCAAUAGCCUGAACGAGCAGUUGCUUCUCACUGUAGCUCGUUGGAUUGAGGCCCAGGUCGAAUUUGACAGCCUGCAGCACAGACUUAACCUUCAGUCCACUUUAUAA